AUGUUCGCAAAGGGUCCUAGAUUUGACAAAUUCAAGGUCCCAGAAACUCCUGCUCCAAACGCUUACAAUCCCCAGGACCCAGUCGAUCCUCUCAAACGAGGUGCUUUCCUGGAAAAGGCAGACAGGUUCAAAGCAAUUGAGGAACUAGCUGUAUCAACAUCGAAUCCAAUGCCUCCCAAACCAACCGGACCAGUGCAAAGACACGUAUCGAAUCCAAGUCACUCGGGCGACAGAUACGCUGCUCUCCAAAGACGGCUAGAAGACCUUGAACGAGUCCACCAAGACAGCAAACGCUCCUACCUCGCAGAAACCGAACGCCUCAAAACCGAACUCGCACGGCACCAGAAACAGCAUGCAGAACAAACCGACCAAAUUGAGAAACAACGCAAACAGGUGGCAUUGCUCGAGGCCCGUCUCCAGGAGCUGAAAAAGACGGGAAGCUCAGACAGCGCUCAACUCAAGGAACUCAAGUCCAAACUACGCGCUUUUGAGAACGAGCGGAACAGACUGCAGUCCGAGGCUGCGCAAAUUGCUGACCUCAAGACUUCCUUACAACAGCUAGAGGAUAAACGAAGGAGGGAGGUCAACGAACGGGAUAAUACCAUGUCUGACCUGGAGAAACGUCUGACGUUGGAACGCAAGAGUCGCGAAAUCCUUUCCAGCCAAUACGAAGACCUCAAGAAAUCAACUGAAUCAGAUUCAAGGAAAGCAACCCGAGCCCUCCAAUCCCAACUCGAGCAAUCCAAAUCUGAAGCGACCCAACUCAAAGAGAAGCUCUCCAUUAUCCAAGACCAGGCCUCUGCCCGCGAGGAAGAGCUCCUUUCCCAACUCGAACACCAUCGCCUCUUGUUGAACCAAGUCGUUUCCGAAUUCGGCGCUCUCGCUGCCCGAACAGUACCAAUAUCCAAAUUCGAACGGGCACGUUCAGAGUGCCUCCAGGCUCAAGUACACAACUUGAAACUCGAGCGCAAGUUGGCGAAUUCGGAGGCACAAGUGGUGGAACUGGCACACCUUAUCCGUUUCGUUAAAGAAGACAACUUUUUGCUCCAUGAGCGUCUACAUGAUGCACACGAAGAGCUUGCCAUACACCACGACCAGCUCACGGAUUCCUCCCAACAACAACCAGACGAUCAAGCCUCCCUUGACUCGCUUCACACGACCAUCCUUCAACACGCCCUCGAAUCCACCGAAUGUGAUCUACGCACCUCUAAUAUUUUGUCCACCCUCUACAAACAUCAUGCCGAACACCUCGCAAUCCAUUCCUCCCUCCUCAGCGCCCACCUCUCUAUCUCUGAAUCAAUUUCAGACCAACACUCUAGCCAUCUCUCUGAAACGCUCGCUUCCCACGAAGCCAUCGCCAGCAAACUCGAGACCAUCCAAUCCGAGUACUCCAAGGUGCAGGAGAAGAUGGCUGCGGCAGAGAUUGAGAAGAAUAGACUAGAGAGGACGUUGAAGGUUGUUGAGGAAAGACUGGGAGAACGCGAGACGGAAUUGGAGGCAAUUGAGUCUCUGCACCAAGUGGCUCUGAACAACGAAAAGGCACAUACGCAACGUCUGGCUUCGACAGUUCAGAAACACCGCAUGGCAGAGGAAGGUCUUCGGGAUGAAAUUGAACGAUUAACCAGCGAGCUGGCGUCUCUAGAACCCUACCGCGAUGCAUUCGAACAACUAAACACGCGGAUAGAUUCCCUCCUGGCACGCAAGAAGGUGGCCGAAGACGAAGCGGCCGAGCUGAUCGAAUUCAAUGCGCAGAUUCUUGGACACCACAACCCGGCUCAACGAAUUGUCUACGUGGAUCGUAUUCGUCGGGAACUGGCGGAUGCGAAGCAGCGGAUUGCAGAGCUUGUGGUGGAACAGGAGAAGAUCAAGGCGCAGAACGACAAUUUGCAGGAUGAGUUGGAUAUGUACAAGUCGGUUAUGGUGCCGCCAACGCACAAACCAAAGACACACAUCACGCGUGUGACGAGGAUGCCUUUGACCAACCUGACACAGAGUAUGAAUGUCGUACAGUCUGCUCGAAGGCCAGGGAUCAAGGAGAACCACCAUUCUCCAGGUGAUCUCACUGUCGAGGACUUGGAGUACUCGUAG